AUGAGCUGCUGCUCACCACAGUUACGAUUGUCCCUCACCGCCACUUGCUACUCUCCGUCUCCAUCUCCCGCAUUAAAGAGUGCCAAACACUGCAACUCUACUCGCCGGAAGUCCAAACUGCGGCCGCCUAAUACGCUGUUCAUCAAAGCUGCUGACGGCGUCGGACAAGAAGAAGAAGAAGAAGAGUUCAGAGUGCUGACGGCUGUCGAGAGCAGAUACAACCGCAUCGUGAUCCUUGAUAGCCCCAAAUCAAGGCUUCUGCUCCUCGACUCCACCAAUAAUGUCCACAGCGUUCUCAACAAAGACGGAAGUAAAUGGACGGGCUCCUAUUGGGAUGAGUUUGUAGCAUUACCGCCUGUUGUUCCAGAGGGCCCCAUCGCAAUUUUUGGCUUGGGUGGAGGAACAGCUGCGCAUUUGAUGCUUGGUUUAUGGCCUUCACUGCAGCUGGACGGUUGGGAGAUAGAUGAAAUCUUAAUAGAUCAAUCUAGAGAUUAUCUUGGGCUUCGUGAUCUCGAGAAGCACACUAUGGAUGGUGGGUUUCUCAAUAUUCAUAUUGGUGAUGUAUUUUCUCCUGAUGCUGCCAUUUCUGGAGGAUACGCUGGAAUCAUAGUUGAUUUGUUCGCAGGGGGUAAGGUUUUGCCGCAGUUAGAACAGUACUCCUUCUCCGUCAUUGGCUUGCUGGCCAAUUAUCUCCUCCACGGAUGA